GAAACACCAGGAAAACUGAAGCUCAUCGCAUUCAUCUUCUCUCUGGUUACUCUGGUAUCUGUUUCUGGUUCAGAAACUUGUCCAGUGGGAUUCAAAGAAAGCCAUAAAAUAUUCCACUUUAUUCUCAAGUCUAAGGUUAAAACCAUGGAACAAUAUUUAGCAUACGUUUUGGACACUGACAUCACAGUUAAUCCUACUGUGUCCAAACCCAGGGAGCUGUUCUCUUUCUUGGCACUGAUUAAUGCUUACGUUCCUGAGUUCUACCUCCCGAUGCAACAGUGCCAACAAUUUCUUGGACCACCUGAUCCAAUCCAUGGAGGACCCCCAUUUGAAAAACGAAUGAAGCCUUUUACCUCCUUCAUUAAAAUAUCCAGAGAAGGUGUUUCAAUGGACCAGGAGAUAGCAUGGGAAGCUGUGGAGAAACUCAAUGACUUUGGGUUUAACCAAAGUAAAACUGUGAAGAAAUUAAUGGUUUUACUUUGUGGUGGUCAAACUGAACCAUGGGUAAUACAAUUAAUCAAAAAAAUGUUAAUAAAGAGAGAAAUGGGAAAAACUCGCAAGGAUAAAUUUUCAAGGUUAAUUACAGACAUCUUGAGAAAAGAAAGGUUUGACCACGCUGUCUCUGUAUUGAAACUUGCAUCACACAAAUUCCACACGGACCCUGUUUAUCCCCAAACCAUUUCCCGUCUAUAUCACACAAAUACAAAUAACUCAGAACCAGCUGAAAAAUGGGCCAAGAUAGCAGUUGCAAGAGCUCCAAACAACUCUUACAUGGCUGACACUCUUGGACAAGUUCAUAAGAAACGCUUGAUUCGUGCCAGGGAGGAUAUUUUAAGAAGGGCACAAGAGGCCUUCCACGCAUUUAAAGAUGUAGAGAGGAAUGCUGAGAAUGAAAUACAUGAUGAAAUCAUGUCUGAUACCUUCAACAACAGAGGUCUCUUUGGUUGCAUUCAAGUGGCAAAAUUAGCUUUUGAGAAACUCAAAGAUCGCUCUGCAGAUAUUUAUCCAGAUAUAAAAACAGAAGUUGAAGACAAGUUUAACUUUUUUGAAUGGUAUCUAACCUACUCCAAACCUGGCAUUAGUAGCUUGGAGCCACAUUUCUUCUGGAGGGAUGUUGCACUCUGUUAUGAGCACUACACAAACAGAAGAGCAGCAGACUCCACCAGCUUUCCAGGCCUCCUUGAUCUGCUGAACCACGGUCUUUUCAUGUCAAAGGGAAGACGUGCUAGAUUUGAGGAACCUGAAAAAACUGUGUCUGAAUUGGAGACAAUACAAGAAUGGCUGAAGGCUGCGUACGAGGAAAAUGUUGAUGAUAUCAAACUAGCAGAGAGGUAUAUCCUCUCCAACAUCCUCUUAAGCAACAAGAAGCCAGAUUCUCCUAAACUCAGCCCAGUGAAGGAACUGAAAGAGAUAAUUCACAGAUUCUUGGGCAGCGAAGAAGGACAUAGGAGACCUGAGUUUUAUCUUUUGGUGCUCAUGCUGUUUUGGCCUGAAAAUCAGCUUCAGCUGCUGAAAGAAGAGGACGAUGAAGAAGUCGGACAAAAGAUCACAGAGGACAGUGAGUCAGUAGACUCAACCUGGGAGGACAUGAACACUGAUGAGGAAAAAGACAGAGAACCGGAGAAACAUUCACAGCUUCCUGCUGACCUCAUAUUUGACCUCAACCUGCAAAGUAAUGUUAGAUUCAUGGAGACAGCAUUUGAGAGAGCAGGCUAUGACAUCUACCUUCGAGGUCGUUACCUGUUGCCACUGUUUUUUCUGGGAAAAGGCUCCGGACUGAGCAAAUGGAUCCACAAAUCCAAGCUGGAUGCAAUAGUGGAGGAGAAGGUGGACAAUGAGCUAAAUGAUCAACAAAAUGAAAACAUUGAUUGGAAGGAGAAGAUGAGGCGGAUCAAUGAUAUGUGGCGCAGAGGGGAAGUGUGGCACAUUUCAGAAAUCAGAGAUAUCCUUCUUCCGGUCAAAAUAGAGCAGAGUUCUUCUGCAGAGUUACAGAAGCAUGAAGAACAGGAAGUGUGUGUUUGUGUAGGAGACAAGAAAAUAAAGGAUAGAACUGAAGCUCAACCACCUGAACCCACGCUGCAAACGACACUUUUCUAUCUGGGCUUCACCAUUCAGGGUCCUGUUGUCUUUUAAGUGGGAGUCCUGAACUCUGACAGUGACCGUCAGUGAACUCUACAUUAUGGACAUUUACUUUACUGAGUUUACUGUGAAAAACAAUAAAAGUAAAGCCGGAUUUAUGCGUGCAAAAACUCAGAUGCUUGCAUGUGUAGAUAAAGAAGAAAUUGCAGUUAAUAUAAAAAUAACAGUAGUAAUGCGCUUUUAUUCCAUUAGUCUGAAUCAGUUAUUGUGGUGUUUAGUCUUUGAUUAAUUUUUUGCUUCCUGUUUUGAUUUUCAGUUUUGAUUUUUAAUAGAGUGUAAUUACAGGUUUACAGAGUGGGUUUAAUACUAAUCAUUACUCUGUUUUAUGCUUUUAUUUCUUUUUGGCAUCCAAAAUUAGUUAGUGUAGUUUUUAUUUUACAGUUAGCUUUUUUAACAUCUAGUUUAGGUUUUUAUUUAACUAGUUAUAUUAGUUUUGGUCUGAAUCUGGAUUGUCCUGCAUUUAAUUGGUUUCUGGUUGUAUUUCUGCAACAUACCUGUCACUGUAAAGAUUCCUUUUGA